AUGAUAUUGGUUUACGUUAGGGGCGCUAUCUUGAUUUACACUUGGAUUCUGCUAUUUAAAUGUGGAAUAUUGGUAUCAACGUCAAUACGAUCUAAAAAAUCACUGAAAAUAUUUUCCUCAGAACUUGUCAACUCUAAUUCAUUUGAUCUGUUGCGCCAAUGCAGAAGGAACCUGAGUUUUUUGCACACAUAUCGUGCCUAUAGAGAGGAUUUUGAGUCAAAAAAAUUAAUUGACACUAAAAGGCCAGUGAAAUUAAGGCUACUUCAAGAAAUCGAGGAAAAUUACCAGGAUUUUGAAUAUAAUUUUCCUCGAUACGAAACUAAGUGGCAAAAGUUCUGGGAUGAAACAAACCUGUUCUCCACGGAGGAAAUUGAUGUAUCUAUCCAUGAAGUAGAAGAAUCCCAGCCGUGCGAGGCUAAACAAGGGAGAUUUAAGCAUAAAUCCGUUGUUUAUAGGGAUUGGAAUCCUGACGGCCGUAUCAAUGAUGAUUCACUUACACAUUUUCAGAAUUUUGAUGGAAUCGAUUACAGGACAUCAAAUGAAGAUGAGAAAGUGUGUGAUUAUGCUAGUCUAAGCUCGGGAUCGAGAUAUUCAAGCCAAUUUUUGAGUGGGAACCAUGGGAGGGCACACGAUGACUCAAUAACAAACCAUAUAGUGGCCAAAGACGACAAAGAAGACUUAAAUGAUAUUGAGGGUCAAGAGAAUAGACAGAAAUACUAUAUAUUGGCCAUGAUUCCAUACCCGUCAGGAAAGGGACUCCAUGUAGGACACCUGCUAGGCUACACAGCAGUGGACGUGGUGGCGAGAUACAAAAGACUUAACAAUUAUCAUGUGCUGAAUCCCAUGGGCUUCGAUUGUUUUGGAAUCCCGACAGAGAUUUAUUCGGAAAGUGUGAACAAGACUCCCCAGGAAGUGACGUCGGAAAACGUCAGAAACUUCAGAAAACAGCUCAAGAGCAUGGGAUUCUCAUUCGAUUUCUCAAGAGAGGUGCUGACGAGCGAUGUUGACUACUACAGGUGGACCCAGUGGAUAUUCCAAAACAUGUUUCUGAAGGGUCUGGCGUACGUGGACAAGGGGUACGUUAAUUACUGCCCAGGACUGAGGUCGGAGCUAUCCAACGAGGAAAUAAAACACGGGAAGUCGGUGAGAGGGGAUCACGAUGUGUACAAGAGGCUGAGGACGAUGUGGAAGCUGAAAAUAACCGAUUACGCAAGGAGACUGUACGAUGACUUGAGCUCAGUGGAUUACCCUGAAAAACUGAAAAACUUACAAAAAAAAUGGAUCGGGCCAAAGCAAGGAUAUUUAAUAAGGUUAUUGGUGGAAGAAGGAGGAGGAUUGGUCCCAAAAGCCAGUAGUGGAGAGGGUCCAAGAUGUCUUUAUGGGUUUGUGGAUGAUGUGAGUAAGUGUGUCGACAUGGAAAGCGUGGAAGUGCCAGUACUGCUAGAAAAUGUACUCGAUUACUGCUCAAGGGAUAAAGAAGAGGAGGUUAGAGCACUCUUGGAGGAAAGUUUGAAGAUGAGCAACGUGGAUCUGGCAGAUGAAAGUAACAGAAGGAGAAUAUACAGCGGUAUGAGUGCAUUGAACCCCUAUAACAGUAGCAAAGUGCCAAUAUACGUGACAAAUUCAUUAAUAAACACAAACAGGGAUAUAAAUUGUAAAAUAAAUGUAGAGGAUUCAAAGGGUAGAGGUGAGGAUGCGGGAGUAUCUGAGGCUGAAAAGGAUCUAAAAGAAGCAGACUGGUGUAAACCGUACCUCCACUUCAAUAUCAAGGACUGGGAGUUUAGUAGAAACAGAGGCUGGGGAGAGCCAAUACCAUCAGGGGCAGAUAUGGAUUUUAAGAGGCAGAUGCUGGAAAAGCUACCUCUGGUACUAAAUGAAAAAAUAAAGGAGACAAUGCCGCAGUGGGCGGGAAGUAGCUGGCACUACCUGAGAUUCGUGGACCCCUACAACCAAAAUGAAAUAUUUAGUAGGAGGAAGGCAUCAUACUGGCUGCCAGUGGAUCUGUACAUAGGAGGAGUGGAGCACGCAGUGUCGCACCUGCUGUACAGCAGGUUCUGGAACAAGUUUCUGUACGACAUCAAGGUCUCGCCAGUCUCGGAGCCGUUUAAGAAGAUAAUACUGCACGGAGUCAUUAAAACGGUGCGUUUCUACGUGGACAGAGAAAAUGCAGUAUGCGGCGAGUCCUCAGGAUAUUAUGGUGAAGUCGUGGAAGAGGAACAAGUGGAAGUGCCGCCAGGAAUGGUGAUGAAGUAUAAAAAUAAGUACGUGUUGAAAGGUGAUAGAAGCGUGGAAGUGAAGGUGAGGAUGAAGAAGAUGUCUAAGUCACGAGGAAACGUGAUAAACCCGGAGGAGAUAAUAAAAAGGUACGGAAGCGACACGCUGAGGCUGCACCUGCUGUUUCUAGGACCAAUAGAGAAGGACAAGGUGUGGUCGACAGAGUCGAUAAACGGAGUGUACAGACUGCUGAGGUCGAUACAUAGUUUCUAUACCGAGUGCCUGAGGGAAAACGGGUACGGUAAAAUCAGUGCAAACAUGAGUGUUCGUCCCGACGGUGAAGUGGCUAACGCCCUCAGCGGAGGCGAAGGAGUCCCUGAACAUCGAUUUGACGAUGAUUCGGCUGCCGAUUCCACAAGUAAACAAACAAACGCAAUGUACAGUAGUGGUGGAGUCAGAACAAGCAAUGAGGCAGCCGUUGAUUCAAUGGUCGACAGGGAGGUGGCGCUGGAAGUGAACAGGUUCAUAGACAACGUAACGCGGGACAUAGAGCACGUGAAGCUGAAUAAAAUAUCAGAGUUCUUCAGUUUCCUAAAAAGGAUGCAAAAGUGGCGUCAGGAGGGCAGGCUGAGGUCCAGAGUCCUGGACACUUUCCUAGUCAUGCUAAGUCCGUUCGCGCCGCACCUGGCCGAGGAGCUGUGGCACCGGAAGCACCUGAACUCUGCUUCCCCGAACGCUGAAAGCACACUCUGCAGUGAGGGGAAUCUGAGCGAGGGCGGCAGCGUCAGUAUGGGCAAGAACUACAGGAGCAUUGCACUGGAAAGGUGGCCCGAAAAAAUAAAUGUACUAUAG